AUGGCGCCAGUUCAUUUCAUUGCAUUGCUAUGUGCGAGCGUUGCGUUGACGUAUGCGUAUAACGCACGGCACGAGGUGCGCAAGUUUCCGGAUGGGUUCCUGUUCGGAACUGCCACCGCCUCCUACCAGGUGGAGGGCGCCUGGGAUGUUGACGGUAAAACAGAGAACAUCUGGGACCACUACACACACAACCACCCAGAGUUCAUCAGAGACAAAUCCAACGGAGACAUCGCCGACAACUCGUACUAUCUCUACAGGAGGGACGUGCAGAUGAUGAGGGAGCUGGGACUGGACUUUUACAGGUUCUCCGUAUCAUGGACGAGGAUCCUCCCAUCCGGUUUCCCCGACAAGAUCAACGAAGCCGGCGUACAGUACUACAACAAGCUGAUAGACGAACUUCUCAAAUACAACAUUCAGCCAAUGAUGACGCUCUACCACUGGGAUUUGCCGCAGAAACUGCAAGAUCUAGGUGGAUGGACCAAUUCAGAAAUUGUUACUUGGUAUUCCGAUUAUGCCCGGGUCAUAUUCAAGCUAUUCGGUGAAAGAGUUAAACAUUUCAUCACAAUCAACGAGCCGUAUCAAAUAUGCAACAGUGCUUAUGGGGUCAGCGAUCAGAGUGGUCUAGCUCCGGCCCUGGAUAGCAGGGGGGUGGGGGAAUACAUGUGCGCCAAGAACUUACUCCUCGCGCAUGCUAAAGCGUACCACAUUUACAAUGAAGAGUUCAGACCAACUCAGAAGGGGAAGAUAUUCAUAUCCUUCAGCGCGCAGUGGUAUGAACCAGCGACUGAUAGCGAGGCGGAUAUAGAAGCGGCAUAUGAUGCUAAUCACUUCUAUUGGGCACAAUACUCUUGGCCAGUAUUUUCUGAAACCGGAGACUUCCCCCCAGCCCUGAAGAAGAGGGUAGCAGCGAGGAGCGCGGAGCAAGGCUACCCAAGGUCCAGACUGCCCGAGUUCACCCCGGAAGAAAUAGAAUUCGUCAAAGGAACCUCGGAUUACUUCGGACUGAAUCAUUAUUCGACCAAUUAUAUCCACAGAAAUGAGAGCGUGCCAGUGUACGCCAGCCCGUCGUUCGCUGACGACCUGGGCGUCGGCAGCUUCACACUACCGGAGUGGUUGUUGGGAGAGUCGACGCGAACUAAGUAUGCAAUGUAUUUUCAGUACGUUCCAUGGGGAUUCAGGAAACUACUAAACCGCAUCAAAGACGACUACAAAAACCCCCCCGUAUUUGUGACGGAGAACGGCAUCGCCUCGCACGGGGGGAUCGUCGACAACGACCGAGUGACGUACUACAGGGGGUACCUGGAUGCGCUCCUGGAUGCACUGGAGGAUGGCUGUGACGUCAGAGGAUACACCGCCUGGAGUCUCAUGGAUAACUUUGAAUGGACGGCUGGGUAUACGGAACGCUUCGGUCUGUACGAGGUGAACUACGACAGCAUCUACCGCACCCGCACCCCGCGCAAGAGCGCCUACGUGUACCGCGAGUUGCUGCGCUCGCGUAGUCUCGACCACCACUACGAGCCUGACCUGACGCAGCCGCUCACCAUUGCACCCGGACAAAUAUUUCUAUGUGUACUCGUUUCCCUGGUACGCUGCGGCGCCCGCAUAGUACGCAAGUUCCCGGAGGGGUUCUCGUUCGGUGCAGCCACCUCCUCGUAUCAGAUCGAAGGGGGUUGGAAUGCUGAUGGAAAGUCAGAAAACAUUUGGGACCGUUUCGUCCACACACGACCGGAACUCAUCCAAGACAGAUCAACUGGAGACAUCGCAGCCGACUCCUACUAUCUAUAUAAACGAGACGUUGAAAUGUUGAGAGAACUCGGCGUGGACUACUACAGAUUCUCAAUAUCCUGGUCCAGAAUACUUCCCACCGGUUUCCCGGACAAAAUCAACCCAGCCGGUGUCCAGUAUUAUAACAAUUUGAUCGACGAACUGCUUAAAUACAACAUCAAACCAAUGGUCACGAUCUACCACGAGGACCUCCCUCAAAAACUCCAAGAUGUGGGAGGAUGGAGCAACCCAGAAAUAACUAAUUGGUUCAGUGAUUACGCAAAUACAGUUUUUAAAUUAUUCGGUGACAGAGUUAAAUACUUUAUCACUAUAAAUGAGCCGUGGCAACUAUAUGCGUGGCCGAUUUUUUCUGAAACUGGAGACUUCCCGCUGGAAUUGAAGAAGAGGAUAGCAGCGAGGAGCGCGGAGCAGGGUUUCCCAAGGUCCAGGCUACCGGAGUUCACACCAGAGGAAAUUGAGCUCGUGAGAGGAUCAUCAGACUUCUUUAGUCUGAACCACUACCAAACUUAUAAUGUGAACUCAAGCGUGCCGCUAUACGAUGUACCGUCGUUUGAUGAUGAUUUACGUGUGGCGUACUACCAAUCGCAAGGAUGGUUUACUGGCAAUAACAGUAUAUCUGUGUACACGCCAUGGGCUAUCACAGAAGUCCUGAAAAGCAUCAAGACUAUGUUCAAGAACCCACCAGUAAUGAUUACUGAAAAUGGAUUAGGUUCUGAAUUCCGCGGAUUGGAAGAUGAUGACAGGGUGACUUUUCUCAGGGGAUACCUGGGCGCUGUUCUAGAUGCCAUAGACAACGGCUCUGACGUCAGAGGAUAUACUGUAUGGAGUUUGAUGGAUAAUAUGGAAUGGAGUAUAGGUUAUACAAAACAUUUCGGCUUGUACGAGGUUGACUUCGAGAACACAAACCGCACCCGCACCCCGCGCAAGAGCGCCCACGUGUACCGCGAGUUACUGCGCUCGCGUAGUCUCGACCACCACUACGAGCCCGACCUGACGCAGCCGCUCACCAUUGCACCCGGACACUGA